AUGGUCGCGACUUUACAGCUUGCGAUUUGGGACUGCUACGCUGUGAAUGGAAUAAUCUGGCAUAAACAACAACAAGAAUUUGUGCAAUUGUUUAGCAUUCCACAAUUUGCCGCUCUUCAAAAGGAAAAUUUAGCCAAACGUCAAACAGUUAUAGAGAAGUUGGACAUGAGCGGAGAAGUGGUGAAAGCUGUGUAUUACGAGGAAAUGAAUAUGGUAAUGUUUAAGGACAAUGAUACAAAAAUUGAUGGUAUUUUUGGCCAACUGUGGUACCUUCUUGAGGAUUAUCUCAAUUUUACAUUUAUCCCAAUAAAAUCAAUCGAUCGAAAUUUUGGUGAGUUGCUGGAAAAUGGUAAUCAUAGUGGUUUGCUUGGCAUGCUCGAGCGAAAUGAAGCGCAAGUAAUCAUGAGAAGUACAUUCUAUUUCUCUCGCAUGAACGCAGUGGAUUAUAUAACGCCUGCUUGGAAAAGCACAUACUACAUUUAUGUUCAUCCGAAAUGGCUAUACGAUAAUACAUGGGUAUUUACGCUAUUUUCAUGGCAAACGUGGUUAUAUAUAAUAUUUUUGUUCAUCAUUUUAAGUUGCGUUGGUUAUUUUCUGCAAAAAGUAUCGAUGAGCAAAUCUAAACACAAAAGAAAAGACUCCUUUACGUAUAGAAACUUGGUUGGCGAAAAUCCAUCUGCGCGUAUGAAUUUUAUAGAUAUUGCAGAAGACAUAAUUACCAAAUUCAGAGAAGUUGGACUGCUUGAUGAUCUUAAAAAUACUUGGUUUAAUGCCAAACUGGAAGAAAUAGACCAAGAAAUAUUCAACCCGAUUGAUUUUCAUCAAGUCUAUUUCAUUUUUUUAAUGUUAUAUUACGGGAUUCUAAUAUCAUUUGUGAUACUCAUUUUGGAAAAUAUAACAUACUAUUACAAAAUAAAGAAUAUACGACAAUUUAGAUGCAGAUAA